AUGCCCACUGACCCACCGUGCCUGGUACCCUGCAAUGAGCAUUUCGUCUUGUUUCCCACAGCCUUCUACCUUUCCUGCCCUGCCAAUGCCAUCCGCCAAAACAGCACCUUCUGUGUUUGUCAGGACGGAUUUCAGUCAUCCAAGACGGGCGGGAAAUACAUCUUCUCACAUGAAGAGCAAUGUGAAGAUGUGGACGAGUGUGAGACGGGGCUGGCCAGGUGCAAGGACCGUGCUUACUGCAGAAACAGAAUCGGGGGUUACCACUGCAGCUGCGUCCCCAACAGUCACCUGUUCAACUGGGUGGCCGGCAUCUUCACACUGGACUACUCUCAGUGCUAUGAGACCCCAUCUGAGGCCACACCGCCCUUAAAGGAUUACUGGGACGAGCUGAGGGCCGGGAGCAGGGAGGAUGUGAGAAGGGCAGCCGCUCAGAAAUUGCAGCAGCUGGAGCUGUUUGUCUGGAACACCAGCUUCGCCUCCCCCGGGAAGGGCAGCAACACCCAGCUGGGCAUCGUCUACGAAACCAAGCGGUGCAGCAAGAAACAGAAGAAGACUUUUCUGGAAGCAGGAAACAACACCAUGGAUAUCGACUGUGCAGACGCUUACGGGACAUUCCCCAAAGCUAGGAGUGCGGUGGCCCUCAUUGCUUACCGCUCGCUGGGGGAUAUUCUGAACGGAUCCUUUUUCCUGGAGGGGAAAGGGCUGCGGGAAGUGACGUUGAAGUCUCAGAUUAUGAGUGGGACCAUCGGGCUGGAGAGAAGGGUGCAGCUGUCGGAGCCUGUAUUCCUAACCUUCCAACAUACUCAACCCGGUGACAACAAAGAAACAAAACACAUCUGUGUCUACUGGGCAGAGGCGGAGCAAGGAGGCAGCUGGUCGACCCAGGGCUGCUCGUACGUGAGCAGCAAUGACUCCUACACGACCUGCAAAUGUUUCCACCUGUCCAGCUUUGCUGUCCUCGUGGCCCUGUCCCCCAAGGAGGACCCUGUGCUGGACGUCAUCACCUCCGUGGGGCUGGGCCUCUCUCUGCUCUGCCUCCUCCUGGCAGCCCUCACCUUCCUGCUGUGCAAAGCCAUCCAGAACACCAGCACCUCCCUCCACCUGCAGCUCUCGCUCUGCCUCUCCUUGGCCCACCUGCUCUUCCUCACGGGAAUCACUCGCACGGAGCCUCAGUGGCUGUGCUCCGUCAUCGCUGGGCUGCUGCACUAUCUGUACCUGGCAGCCUUUACCUGGAUGUUCCUGGAAGGGCUUCACCUCUUCUUCACGGUCAGGAACCUCAAGGUGGCCAACUACAGCAGCACAGGCAGAUUCAAGAAGAGGUUCCUGUACCCUGUGGGCUAUGGGGUCCCUGCCAUGACCGUGGCUGUGUCUGCAGCGGUAGGCUAUCAAAACUACGGAACCUAUACUCACUGCUGGCUCAAGUAUGAUAAAGGGUUCAUCUGGGGUUUCAUGGGACCCGUGGCUGUCAUCAUCCUGAUAAACUUGUCAUUCUACUUUCAAAUCCUGUGGAUUCUGAGAACCAGACUUGCCUCCCUCAAUAAAGAAGUUUCCACAAUUCAGGACACCAGAGUCAUGACUUUCAAGGCCAUCGCCCAGCUGUUCAUCUUGGGCUGUUCUUGGGGCGUUGGCUUCUUCAUGGUGGAGGAAGUGGGGGAGACGAUUGGCUUGGCUCUCGCCUACCUGUUCACCAUCAUCAACGUCCUCCAGGGCGUUGUGCUCUUUAUCGUCCACUGUCUCCUGAAUCACCAGGUACGCACGGAGUUCAGGAGGUGGGUCCGCAGGCUGCGGGGAGACGCCGGCCAGGACAGCACUGAGGGGUCUCGCUCCACGACCCAGACCCAGACCAGGACGGAGGAACCCGCCAAACCAGCAGAAAGAAUCCAGAGAGGAGAGCCAGCAUCUGUUGAGCCCCAGUACCAGACCCACAUCAUCACUGUCUCCUGGAACAGGACCUUGCAGUGACCUUUCGGUGGGCACCCACCUCCCCCCACCCCAAUGCCAGAUUAGGGGUGACUCAGCACCCUAGAAAUCAGUCAUCUCCCCCCUU